CUCAACACCCCCCCGCCCCCAGCGCGGUGGCCGACUAGCUCCUCGAGUCGGCGGAGCGGGCGCGCGCCAGGGUCGCGCGGCUGCCGAAGGGGGCGGGCGCGCGCAGGAGGAGUGAAGGCGUAGGGGGGCGGGGGACCGCUCGCUUGCUCGCAAGAUGGCGGACGAGGACGGGGAAGGGAUUCACCCCUCAGCCCCGCACCGGAAUGGAGGCGGCGGCGGGGGGUCUGGGCUCCACUGCGCCGGGAACGGUGGCGGGGGAGGCGGCGGCCCGCGGGUCGUGCGCAUUGUCAAGUCCGAAUCCGGCUACGGCUUCAACGUGCGGGGCCAAGUGAGCGAGGGCGGGCAACUGCGGAGCAUCAACGGGGAGCUGUACGCGCCGCUGCAGCAUGUGAGCGCCGUGCUGCCCGGGGGGGCGGCCGACCGGGCCGGGGUGCGCAAGGGGGACCGCAUCCUGGAGGUGAACGGCGUGAAUGUUGAGGGGGCGACACACAAGCAGGUGGUGGACCUGAUCCGAGCAGGCGAGAAGGAAUUGAUCUUGACAGUGUUGUCUGUACCUCCUCAUGAGGCUGAUAACCUAGAUCCCAGUGACGACUCCUUGGGACAAUCAUUUUAUGAUUACACAGAAAAGCAAGCAGUGCCCAUAUCGGUCCCCACAUACAAACAUGUGGAGCAGAAUGGUGAGAAGUUUGUGGUAUACAAUGUUUACAUGGCUGGGAGGCAGCUGUGUUCUAAGCGGUACCGGGAGUUUGCCAUACUGCACCAAAACCUGAAGAGAGAGUUUGCCAACUUUACAUUUCCUCGACUCCCAGGAAAGUGGCCAUUCUCAUUGUCGGAACAACAGCUAGAUGCCCGGCGUCGCGGGUUGGAAGAAUAUCUAGAAAAAGUGUGUUCAAUCCGAGUCAUUGGUGAGAGCGACAUCAUGCAGGAAUUCCUGUCUGAAUCUGAUGAGAAUUACAAUGGUGUGUCUGAUGUAGAGCUGAGAGUAGCAUUACCGGACGGAACAACCGUUACUGUCAGAGUUAAAAAGAACAGCACUACAGACCAAGUGUACCAGGCUAUUGCAGCAAAGGUUGGCAUGGACAGUACAACAGUGAAUUACUUUGCCUUAUUUGAAGUGAUCAAUCAUUCCUUUGUACGUAAGCUGGCACCUAACGAAUUUCCUCAUAAACUCUACGUCCAGAAUUAUACAUCAGCUGUGCCAGGCACCUGCCUGACCAUUCGCAAGUGGCUCUUCACAACAGAAGAAGAAGUCCUCUUAAAUGACAAUGACCUUGCUGUUACAUACUUCUUUCAUCAGGCUGUUGAUGAUGUAAAGAAAGGUUAUAUUAAAGCAGAAGAGAAAUCUUACCAGUUACAGAAGCUAUAUGAACAAAGGAAGAUGGUCAUGUACCUCAACAUGCUAAGGACAUGCGAGGGCUACAAUGAAAUCAUCUUCCCUCACUGUGCCUGUGACUCCAGGAGGAAGGGGCAUGUUAUCACAGCCAUCAGCAUCACGCACUUUAAACUCCAUGCCUGCACCGAAGAAGGGCAGCUCGAGAACCAGGUAAUAGCGUUUGAAUGGGAUGAGAUGCAGCGAUGGGACACAGAUGAAGAAGGAAUGGCCUUCUGUUUUGAAUAUGCACGAGGAGAGAAGAAGCCUCGAUGGGUUAAAAUCUUCACACCAUAUUUCAAUUACAUGCAUGAAUGCUUUGAGAGGGUGUUCUGCGAGCUCAAGUGGAGAAAAGAGGAAUAUUAGUUAGAGACUGAUUAUCCCAUGUGAGCCAGGACAUUCUCCCAGCGAGGCUGGCCUCUGGAUGGUGAAUGGGCUAUGCAAAAAAGCCCUGCUUCUCCCCUUGAAUAGAGGGUGGACACUGGCUGCAGGCUCUCCCGUCUCUCAUGACUUCAUGGACCCUCUUCUGCCUGUUUGUUUGAUUUUUGUUGUUGUUGUUGUUGUUUGUUUGUUUUUUAAUCAAAUAACCCUCCAUGCUGUUCCUGACCCAGGAGAGUGCCUGUCCACAGUUUUAGCAUCUGACUGGAUACGUCACAGUAGCGUCUUUCUUCACUAACCAAGAACAUAAAUGUGGAGGAAAUUUUUUGCUACUGUUGUUUAUAGGUGUCAGUGCUGGAGCAGAAUUUAGAAGACUGUCUAAAUACUUAGCUACUUAUUCUCAAAGAAAAUCAGAAAGUAAAGAAGUAUAGUCAGGCACAUGGAAGUUGGUGUUCUUGCUAUAGUAGAAAGAGCACUGGGCUCUGGAAGUCAUCUGGGAUUGCUCCUGCUUCUUUUAUCUGUGAUUUUGGGCAUAGCAGCCUCCUUAGAUCUGAAUUGUCUCAUUUAUAAAAGAGGAAGACUGAGCCAGGUGAUAAAUAUUCAAAGUCCUGUGUGCUCUGAGCGGCUCUGGUUCGGUUGGGAUUGUUGGAUCCGGCUGUCAGCCGGGUGUGCUGCUCCCGUCCUGUUGGAGGGUUGUCUCCAGAUUGGAGGCCGUGCUGCUCGUCAGUAACUCUUCUUUUUUUUUCCUUUCAGAAUAUUUUCCAGAUGGCGAGGUCACAGCAGAGGGAUGUGGCCACCUAGCCUUUCCUCAUCCCUUUCCCUUCUCUUUGCCCUCAGCCUCUUAGCCUUUUCGUCUCCCAUGUCAGACAGUAACCAUUAACACAAAAGAAGAAAAAAGGAAAAAAAAGUCAUUAUAUCCCAAAGUCCUAAGCUAAAUAUUAUUAAUAACUUCCUGUGAAUUUUACGUCUCUGGAACUGAGCUGGUAGAGAGCAGCAGGUUGAUAGUGCCAGAAGUCCACUGAGAUCAGAUACACAGCCCAACCAACUCGCCAAAGUCAUCUUUGUCGUUCUUCCCCGGGCCUCAUACCAACAGACUCUCCUUGUACUAUAGUUUUAAAACUGGAACUAUGAACUCCAUCCAUUUGCACUGUUCAAGCAUAUAUAUGUAUGUAUGUAAAAAUUAUAUAUACACAAAUUAGCUGCACGUAUAUACAUAUAUAUAUUUCUUUUUAAAUUUCAUAUUGAUGGCAGUACCUUUUUUAGCUUGUGUUUUUACACACCUUUCACUGAAUUCAUGACCUCUCUCUUGCUCUCUUUAUUUUGAAACAAACUUUAAAAAGGAAAAAAAAAAUACAGGGAAAAUACCUCUCCUCAUGAAGGACUCGAAAAGUUUACAACCUGCUUGGGUUUUCUUCCCUUUUUUGUAUUGAGUACAGUUUCUGGCUGUUGGUUUGCAUAGAGUCUGAGGAGCGAGGAGUGCAGUGUCUUCAUCUUCUAGAGGGUGCUGAGGAGGAGAAAGGCUGGUUCCCAAGAGCAGUGAGGCUGCAGGGAGUCUGAAGGCCUAAAGUCUCCAUUCCAAGUCAUUUUCCUGGUCCAUUCUGCAUCUCCUUCCUGUUUCUUUAGAGUCUUUUAUAUGCUUCCUUUUAAUUGACCCAAAACAGAGUUCAGGGUAAUCUGAGGAAGCUGCUACCAUAGGAAACUGUAACACUUUUCUUCUGCAACAGGGAUCGUAUUAUGAGUAAAGCUUGACAUCCGAGGCACAAAGGUUGGGCAUAUGGAGGGAAGGAAGGAAGCAGUGCCUCACAUUUAUAAGGGCCUUACCUCCUCCAUUCCUGUCCAGUAAACAUCUAUAUUUUACAUCCUCUGUGAGUUCUUUAAACAGUUAGGUGGAGGGAGUGCCUUGGGUAAAUUUAGAGUCUGGGUCUCUGCCAACCAAAUCAGAGCCCUGUUCAUAACAGCUGAGGGCCCAGGUAGUGGGAAUAUGGUCGAUUUUAGUUGACCACCAUCAUUUACUUCAAAGGAGACUGAAGAGAAAUCUCUUAGAGUUCUUUACCUGGAGCUGGGCCUGGGGCUGGGGCUGGUUCAGUUGGUAGAGUGCUUGCCUAGCAUGCAUAAAGCUCUAAGUUCCAUCUCCAGCACCACAUAAAACUUGGGUGUUGGGGUAUUGUAGUGCACACCUGUAAUCUCAGCACUUGGGAGGGGAAUUCAGAAAACUCAGAAUUUUCAAGUCCACCCCUCUGCUAUCUAAUGAGUUCAAGGCUAUCCUGGAUCACAUAUCUCAAAAGUAGAAGAGUUCCUUACCUGCUCCUGCGCUUAGACCUCCUAGGACCUAAAAGCGAAAAUUUGGGACAGAGGCCAGGCUGGCACUAGAGUAAUAUUCUCAAACCUUGAGUUCUUGUGUAAGGAAUGCUCAGGUUAGGUACAACUAAAACAUAUCUUUGAAACUCUUUUAUCUACUUUACCUUUGAUAUUGAAGCCUCCAUAGGCUGCGUCUUUGGCUUUAGUAGCUGAAAGGCAGCCAGAAUUGGGUGUAGUUGGCAGCAUUGGAUUUGGUUGAAAGUUUCUUUCAUGCCUUGGUUUUUCAGAGAAUUCAUUAUGAGUCUACUUUUCUGUCUCCAUUAUUCUGGUGGCCACUUGUCCCAGGAAGGUGUGAACCUUUUAGGACAGUCUAUCCCUUCCCUCUCCAAACCCACGGGACCACAAAGUACAAAAUAUAGUGAGUGUUUAAUGUUGAAGAGGGCAAUACCUGAUUUGGAGGCUUUAAUCAGGAUCGACUCUCCCUCUUGGCUUUAAUAAUGAGUCUGAGUACCUUAAGAGGGAGCAAGUUGAUUUCCUCUCCAAGAUGCUCUGGAGGCCAGCUUUGUUGAAACUGUAAAAAUAGCCACAUUGCAGCCUAUUCCCUCAGGAGAGAGCCUAUACUACAGCCUUCCAGAGCAGAGACAGGGCUUUGGAGGUCCUAAAGAGUCAGCCCCAAAUGUGUUGGGGUUAAUAGAAUCUGUAGGAACAUCUUACUUUAGGUAGUCUUACUACCAAAACACCCAGCUGCAGCAGGGAGCUGGGAACAGGGAGCUCCCCAGGCUCCCAGUGGGGCUGCAGUCCUGGAGGAGGAGGUCACUAUGGCCUAAAGGCCUACAGGAUCAAGUUCUUUUGCAUGAAGCAGUGUUAGAUGUAACUACUCCCUCCCCCAAGCCCCCUGCACUUCCUUUCUCUGAUCCCUUCUAUGUUUCUUGGUCCUGGUUUCUGCCCAGGAAUGUCUCUACAGUUUUUUUGGGCAGUGUGUCUCUGGGAAAGGGGAUUCCCCUCCCAGCUUCACUCCAGCAGGAUCUUCCUGGUCUCCAACUGUUGUUCCUCCAUAUUGAGUUUCUGUUCUCUGAGACUAAAACUCAAGAGAUUUUUGUUGUUUUCUAAAGAAUUAUUGACAAAUAAAUGAAAAAUACAUGCUCCAGUUUUUAAAUCAUUUAACAGAUAUGAUAAAGUUUAAAAGAUAUCUAAUGGGAACUCUCUCAGCAUAACAUGGAAGAGUUAUAGGUAGACCAUCUUCAGAGUGUUCCUCUUCUAAGAAUUUUAGGAUGUGUACUGCUCUGAAAUUCUUUGGCAUUAUUCUCUUCCCUGAUUUUUUUUUAAGAGUUAUCAUUUUUAUUUAUAUUUAUGUGUUUGGCUGACCUUGGAGACCAGAAGAGGGCAUUACAUUCCUGGAGCUGAAGUUAUAGGGGUUUAGAGUCACAUUAUGGUGCUGGGAUUUGAACUGUGAUCCUCUGCAAGAGUAGCAAGGGCUUUUUAACUGCAGAACCAUUUCUCUAGAUCCUGUUUCCUGUUUUGUCUCAGUGCUUACUCUCAAGAGAUUUUUAUGGAGCAGGAAAAUACUUAGGCUCUGAGAGGCCUGGCGCUCUAGGAAGCUUUGCUUGGGCAGUGCUUUGAGCUUGCUGCUCUUCGUAUUUUUGUCCUGGUCUCCAGUUUUUUCUGCCUUCCCCUUGCCCUUGCCGAGGCCUCAGCUCAGCACAGCUACAGUCAGUGUUCAGGGCAGCUCCCAGGCCUUGACAGAGCUCUCAGGGAGGAAUAAGGUAUAUGCUCUAGCCUCCUCUUGCCUGGCCCAUUUAAUUUUAUCCUUUAGUACCUGGGCCAGUAGCUUUGAAUUACCCCCUUUCAUUCUCCAAACCUGAUGCCUGAAGCAGCAAAAUAGGGCACUGAUAAGAGGGAGCACCUCUCUCUCAGAAUUUUCAGCUUAAGGGCCAGCUCCUAGAAAGCAGUUUUUUGGGUUUUUUGUUUUUUGUUUUUUGUUUUAAAGGGACCUACAUGCAUUUGAGUUGAGCUGAAGUCUCCAGGAAUGGAGGCCCUUUCUGCCCUCCUGUCCAUCAUGCUGGCUGGAGGGACGGCCUCAGCACAUUGCUGCUCCCUCACCAGCUGUAUGGUUGCUUUAACUUCUUUUUGGAGGAGCAGCAGUGUGGCUGAAUACUUAGAGCUAGUGGGAAGGAGAAUGCUUCUUUAGUCCUCCGUCUUGGGUUCCUCUUAAUCUAACCCUCAGCACAUCUGCCAGGCUUCCUUUACCUGGAUAACAGCAGCUUCUUUCUCAACAGUAACUGAGGGUGCAUGGAAAUCAGGCUCUGGGGAGGAGCAAGACUGAAGAGGGACUGAUCCUUGUAGGAGCACUUGGCUAGCUGCUGAGCAUGGGUGCCAGCUUGUUAUCAUGCCCCCUUCUAAGCCGGUGAGCUGGGCUUCAGUUUUUUCCAGGCCAUGCACACUUUUAAUUUAUUUGAGAGAAACUAAUUGUAUUUUCACUGCAGUAUCUUGUACUUUUAUUUGUGAUUUACGAAAUGUGAAGAGAAAAUGCAGAGACCCACUGGCUCCAGUGUUUCUCCAGCCCCUGCUCUAGAGCUAACCACUCUAAGAUUGUUUGGUAAUGUUACUUAGUGUAAUUAAUUGUAACAUAUUCUUUUAAAUAAAUUGAUUUAUUGAUGAAACAA